AUGUUACUGUGGGUCUGCGGAAGAGGUUCUACUGGUGUCCCGGACAGAGGGGGGGGCUUAUGGGAUGAUGUUGGGCUUUCCUUUCGGUUGCCGAGUUCUCGGGAAGGCCCGCGGUUCACCCGCAACUUGACUCCCUGUGCCACACUUGCCGUUAGAGUUGCCUUGACUCUUUCCUUUGUCGGGUCGAUUUGGACACAUGGUCAUCUGAUGCUAUAGACUCUCGGGUGUGUGUGAUGGCCACUAGUUGUUGGUGUAUCGCCUCCCGAAAUUCCUGAUUGCCUACUUGGUCUUUGGAGAUUUGAAGGCGCACUUCUUCUAGUUCUUUGUCGAUGUCUCCCCACUUCACUUCACUAGGCUUAAGUCACAUGUCGAUCAAAACUUGGCUCUCAUACCAAUUGAUGGGUGCCCUAGGUUGAGAGUGGACAGAAAGGAGAAUUAAUUCUGAGAUGAUAAGAUGAAAACAAACCCUGAGAGAACGAGAUAUUACAGAUUUUUCUACGAAGAAGUCAAAGUAACCGAGGGAGUUACUCGCACCUGACGUCCCUCGGGAAUGGAAAGUAAAUGGGUAGUGGCCGCUUCGAGAUGGCCGGUUCUUUAAUGUGGCUGCACGUACUGAAAGGCAAACCCGUUUCCUGGUCACGGCGUUGGAGUCGCCCUCUCCUUCUGCUCUCGUAGUGCUUGUCUCUUGGGCCUCAAUAAGCUGGCCGACUUCAUCGCGGCCACCGCCGAAGUAUUUUGGCACAAGCUUAGGAAGACGGCGACUUCUGUAAACUCACCAGUCAGUCCGUGCAAUAAGGAGAGAAGAAUGAGAAGAGACACAGAGUGAAUUGUGUUACCAGGGACUGGUAUAAAUCAAUUUUAAAUUAUUAUAUUAUAUAAUUUAUUUUAUUUGUCGAGUCAAGAGGUUAAUGAUAAUUUACCCCUAAAUUACAAGUAAUGAUAAUUAAAUUAUUUUUUUAAAAGGAAGAUCGGGUUGUGAAAGAAAUAAAGUCCAUUCAACAAGGAGAGGAGAGAGAGAGAGAGAGUUGUGCUACUUUUGAAUCGAUUUCAAUGAAUAUAUUAAAUAAUUAAAUUAUCAUUCGUCUAAAUAGCUUAAUGACUACUUUAACCCUAAAUUAGUUAUGGUAGAAGAGACACAUAAAUAUGUGUUAUUAGUUCGUUGUUAUAAAAUUCAGAUUGGAUGGUGGAAAAAAAGUCCACAGUUAUCCAUUUAUAAUAAUAUCUUUAAAUUGGCGUGUUUGGUCCGGUUCACUAUGAUUUGGGAGAACCGGUUCGGGUCGAGAUAGUGCGACCGCCGGUCCGGUGACCGCUCGUAUUAGAUCGGGGACGACGGAGAAGUGCAGACUUUCUGUUGUGUGCUCCCCGUGGAAACCCUAUCUGCACCGUCGGCCUCAGCGGCGUCACCCUGCUCCGCCGAGAGGGCUUGGCUCGGCCGCCGGUGACUGUUCCUGUGCUAGGUCAUGGCCGGACGAGGUCGAAUGCCCUCCCGGCACGCCUUUCACGAUGGCGGUCGGCGUGCGGCUUACCCCGACGUACACGACGGCAAUCCCUUCCCACGCGGCGGGCCCCCGCCGCCUCGACCGCCUCCACCGGCGGUAUACGAGGAGGAGAUCGAAUUCCAGAUGGGGGAGAUAAGGAGGCUCGUGGGGGAUAACCGCAGGCUUGUGGACAAUUGCGCCGGCCUGCAGCGGGAGUUGGCCAUGGCCAAGGAUGAGAUCCACCGCUUGAACAUCUUUAUCGGAGACAUUCGAGCUGAUAAGGAUGCACAAAUUAGGGAUCUGAUAGAGAAAGGCAUGAAAGUGGAGGCUGACCUCCGUGCGGCAGAGCCCCUUCGGAACGAAGUGGCACAGCUUCGUGCCGAUCUUCAGAAGCUAAAAUCUCUACGGCAGGAGCAGGUGCAGGGGCUGACGCAGGAGCUCUCAAGAUCUCAGGCCGAUGCUAAGCAGGCGCAUGCCCUCAAGGGCGAGAUCGAUGGUCUCAGGCAGGAGCUUAUGCGUGUCAGGUCAUACCGACUUCGUUUAUAUCGUGUCCUUCUCGUCGUUGACUUUUCAACUCCCUCUUCCGGAUUCACGUGUAAAUUUGACGGUCUUUUGUUUAUCUUUUUCAGGACCGCAUUAGAGUAUGAGAAGAAGGGGAAUGCAGAACUGGUCGACCAGAGGCAGGCAAUGGAGAAGAACUUGGUUUCCAUGGCUCGUGAGCUUGAGAAGCUGCGUGCAGAACUAGCAAGUGGUGAACCAAGAAACUGGGGCGCAGGUACCUUGCUAUAUUUCUAAAGCUUGUUUCUGAUCUCCAAUUUUUUUGUUUCGAUGACUGUGGUCAUUUUAAAGUCUAUGGGGUAAGCUUGAUUUUGAUUACAAUACACUGCUUUAAAGUGCACCCUCUUACCCGCAAGUCUGUUCUAAGUAGUCUUUAUAACGACAUCCAACAAGCUGAUAACAUUACUUAGUUUUUCCAUUUUGUCACUUAUUGGACGCAUAUGAUGCGUAGAUUGUUCUAGUAGUUAAUAUCAUGUGUCACCGAGACCUGACUAUGUUGAUUUAUUUUCGUAGGUGGAGCUUACGGAGUAAAACUCAACAGUCCUGAAGGGGGCUUUCCUCCAUUUGGUGAUGGAUAUGGUCUUCACUCGGUAUGGCUCAAAAUUUUAGAGCGGUAGUAAUCGCUCAUGAGUCCGAAUGACCGUGACUAGGUGUCUUGCCCUUGUUUGAGGAUUUAAUUCAUUUAGUUUAUCACUCAAUUACUUCUCAGGGUGCCGCAGAUAAAGGUCCUUUAUACGGCAUGGGCCAAGGUUCUUGGGGAGGAUACGAGAAGCCUCGCCUUCCUAGGCGCUGAUGUGCGAUCGGAUUAUCACUUACACACAGUGAUCAUGCAUUUUCGAUAUUGGUGUCUCGACUACAUUGAAGGGUUAGAUGUUUAAGGCUCUCAAGUGGUGCAACGUGCUAUAAAAAAAUCAUAGGACUUACAGCAUCAGUUGCUUUUUCACGAAUGAUGUUUCAUCUUUCUGUUAAAUAUUCAGACUAGUUCCUUGAAUUUCUGAUUUUAUGGCUGUGUGGUUUAGGAUUGAGUUGAAUUACGAUCUGAAAUUCACAGUAGCAGUUUUGAUAUCCUUUUCAUGUUACAUGAUGCAGAUUGCUUCCUGAGGCUGAUUCGUCUUCCAUUUUACUGAUUUGUGUGAUUGAAACUUCAUUCAUAUAUUAUUUUCUGCUAACCUUAGCAUAGGGUUUUUACUACGUAUUAUCAUAUCCUAUUUAUAAGAAACUUGUGCAUCCAGCAAGUGUGAGCCACUGGUGUCACUUGGAAAUGAGUAGGGAUGUUCAGCAGAAAUCAGAUCAUCCCGCGGGAUGUUUAAUAGCAUCAAAUCGCAGGGAACAUCAAUGACAUCUUCCAAGAGUGGUGACUUGGAUUUGGUUAGAUGUCAUAUACUUUAUAUUUGUACUACUAGUAUAAUUUCUUUCAUUACGGUGUCAGUAUACGGAUGAAGUGUUUGUGUAGUAACACUCUGAUGAUGCACCGUGCUCUGGAAACAUAUGGAUGCAUUCUUAUCAGUUGUCAAUGCUCUGACCAUGCAUGGGGUACUUAUCUUGGAAGUUUUGAGGGGAAGUGAGACACCAUUUUAUUGUCAGUCCAAAUAUAAUGAAGACGUGAAUUGUUUGAUAGUGGCAAAAUCACUUGAAUUGUCAACUGAUUUUUGUUUGGUUUUUUGUAAAAAUAUGGAGCAUGGUACACAAUAUGUUAUUUGGAAGUUGUACUUUAGACUUUAUUUAGGGGAAAGUGAAAUGUCUCGUGCCUCGUAUCCUUGGUGAUUUGAUUCCAAUCAACGCUGACUCAAGUACGAAAAACAGAUAUCAGUUUGGUUUCCAUAACUUAGUGAUUUUCUUCUGCACUAUAGAUGGUUUCAGCCAGAUGUCUUUGUUGGACAUUGUUAUGUCUUUUUCCCAGGAGAGAGAUCUUGUCUAGUUAUAUACUGGUGGGUCCCUCUCACUAUCAGAUGAUUGUAUAGAAAUUGGGUUAUGAUGCUUCUUUGCUUUUGGAUGUGGAAAUCAUUUGAAUAUGAUGGUAAAUAUUUGUUGCUGCUACUGGUCACAUAUUAUACAGUUUAUACGAAGUUGGAGGGAAUGGUGAUCCCCUUUUUUAGUCCUUAUGAUCACGUAGAGACGAAUCUUCAUGAAGGUAAUUAUUUGACGGAUGAUCUGGCCUAGAAUGGCCAUUUAGUUUUGAGUUUUAUUCCAUAUCGCAUUAUUUCAUCAGAUGCCUUCGAUCUGAUUAUGCGCGUAUGAGAAAUAACUAUGUGACGGGUUAUGGCAGUGUAGUUUUUUCCCGUUUCAGAAGUGUAUGAUCAGUUUCCCCUUUGAGUUGGGUUUCAUGGGGCAGCAGAUCAUAAUUAGCUGAUUCUCAUGGUAUCUCUUCACUUCUUGCAGCCUAGACUUAUGGCCAAAGGGUUACCAAAGGGUAACUUGUUAUGGGUAUGCUUGAGUUGCUAUUUUCCUGGAUAUGGACUUCUGUUCUGUGUUAGACCUCUGCUUUGAAAAUAGCUUUAGGUCGUACAAAUGCCGCUGUUGCAUUGAUAGUGAGAGUAUAUUCCCUGGUUCCGUUUCUGGAUGCUAUCUGAUUAGCUCCAUUUUCACACUAUGGCUACUUCAGAAUAUCCAGAAGAUCGUCAACUUUUGUUUAAUGUGAUGGAUGGACGGUGCAUACUUUGUGGUGAUGAUUAAUCAGGCCUGCUCUCAUUAGCGACUUGAGAAUGAACAGAUCACUGCUGAUCGUGAGUUUUUUAUUUCUGUUUAGCUUAGUACCAAUGCCUGUCGACUAUUUCUUAUAAAGGGGUUGGAGAUGUUUCAAGGACGGUGAAGCAUGUCUCCUCUUAUAAACUAUCUUGUUAUUCUUACUUUCUCUACAAUAAGAGUGAUUUGUCCUCUGGGAUAUAGUACGGUUUCUGUAUCUUCUUUAGGUUCAGGGAAACUUAUUAGUUUGCCUGUAUUGUUACUGUAGUCGCAGUUGAGCUUGAUCUCUCCCGGGUAUCAGCGGAAACAGAAUUUAUGGAUUCUUUGUGACAUGAUGGAAAAGAAACCGAUGGAUCUGUCUAUUUAUUGGCUGCUUGACACCGGCAUUUAACACUCUAGCUGAGGCAUUGCCAUGCCGAAAUCUGGUGGUUGGCAUUUCUUAAGCCUCCAUGUGCCCUUCCUUGGUUCACUGAAAGCCUUUGAGCUUUGUUUAGGUGUGUCCUUUGCUGUACGUCCCAAUAAUCUUUGUCAUUUGUUUGAUCGUUUUGUUCCAUAACUCCAUCACCUAUACGAAAACAAUUAUCCUGCACGAGUGAAGACGAGUUGGAGUAUCAGAAGAUGAUGGAGAGGCUACAUGCAAGAAGGAUUGAUCACUUGUAGCGAGAAUAACUGAGGCAAGUGACUUUCCGUUUCUGUUGUAAAGGUUCCUGUUUGAUAAGACCAUUCAUUGUGAAGUGUGUGGGUUUUAUAUACAAUGUAUUUAAAUGGUUCUUUUUUUACUGCUUACGGGCUCAUCAUCUUUAGACAUUGAGACAUCAGUGAGGUCACUGUUUUUCGUUAACUUUGCAGUUCGUCCUUUCUGUUGUCUGGAUUGUUUGGAGUCAAGAGUAUUCCAGUUUCCCUAUUUAUAGGGUUCUUGCAAUGUGCACUACAUGCAUUUUAAGACUGUAUUUUCUGUGCAUCUUGUCUAGAGCAAUCAAGGAAAUAUCACAUAAUUGAGGUCACAAUUGUUGUUUACGGGUCUUAAGUAUAUUUCUUGUUUUUUUCACUUUGAUUGAAAAGUUGGAUCUUGGUGGAUGGGAUGGUUGAUGAUUUGAAACGGGGAAGAUGCAUGGAAACUGGACGUAGUAUUGAUGUCAAUAUUUUUUGCUGGGUUAAAAGGAUGUAGGUAUGAGUCGUGGAUGCAUAUUAGACACUUUUUGGAAAAAUUAUUUGCCAAAUGGAGAUAGAUGGUAAAGAAGUGAUGUAGGGCUAUGCACACAUUUUUAUUCCAGAUUUCUACUUUCAGUGAUGACAGAUGAGUUUUUCUGCGUGAAACAUGUUCUGUUAGCUAUCAUCGUGCAGGAGCUCUAUACCCCUUUGUCUGCUGGAGGAUACACUACAGAAAGAUAGUGAGACGAGGGAUCGGGAUAAAUGUCCUUUAUCAAAGAGAUUUUGAAUUGUUUGGCAACAUUUUAUUAUCAUUGUCUCUCUGAAUGUCACGUGGAAUACUAUGGAGGAAUCGAGAGAUUAUUUCAUUAUGUUUCAUUUAAUGUGAUAGGAUAGCCGAGACAGUUGUAAUUUGCUCGAUUGAAUAGUGGGAGAAGAUUCCUUAUGAUUUAUAUCCUUUACUGGUGAAUUGGGUUGUCACUCGUUGUUUCAUAAUUGAGAAGCCAGUCCAUCAUCCAUCCAACAAUUAUUUGACUACGUGGUAGUUUCAGUUACAAUAUUUUCACACGACGUAAGGAUACUGGGUAUGAUGCACUCUCUAUGUGCAUCGUUUAUGGGAUUUUCUUGAAGCUUCUAUCUUGCAGCAGGGUGAUCUGUAUUGAAGCUGGGGACUGGGGGUUUAGCAGUCUUAGGGGGAUGACUAAGGCUUUUCCAGCAAGAAUUUUACUUUUUUGGUUGGAAGGAGGGGGUGGCUCAUACAGUUAGUGUAGAUCGGGGAGCUUGUUAGUGACAGUACCCACUUUGUGUCUAAUGUUUCUGGAGAGACAUUUAGGACGGGCCCAAACGACCUGUAGGGACAAUAACACAUCCGAUAGUCUCUUCUCUGUUGUACAUUGACAUGAAGAGUUGAAGAAAUAGAUUUUUUAGUCUCUGUCCACUGAAUGCUUAGACGCUUUCUGGAGAAUUAACCAUCAUCAUCGUCAAUUUUUGCUGCGUAGUAAAUUGAUAUCUGGCAAUUUUGAGAGUUCUUUGACCAUUUGUAUUCUGUGAGGUAGUGCGAGGCUACAUUGGCCAAGGUAACUUUGGAUGCUGUGUAUCUGGUGAAAGUUGUGCGACAGCAGUUCGUUUAUGAAGGAAUGCUUCAUUAUUUUAUAAGUUAUAGUUCACGUGCAACUACAGGUCAACUCUAAGAAAUUCUCGUGGAUUAAAUUAUGAAAAUGAGAGAUGUGUUCAUAUUAGAUAUAAUGAACGAUGCUGAAAUUAAGUGGAUUUCUGGAUAAGUAAGUCCUGUGAAAUUCUUCUCUUGGUAAUAAAUGAGGUCUCUGUGGUUCCUGUGGAUGGUCCUCGUGCGCUAGCAUAUCUCCUGCGUGAAUGACGUGGAUGAAUGCUUUUUCCUAGAAAUCCUAUGGUCAGUCAUAUCUUACAUAAAUGAGAAGGUCCGAAUUGGUUUCCUGAACGUUUAUCACAACCAAUCAUUACUUCGAGAGCGCGAUUCUCUCUGAACCAACUUGACAUUCGCUGUUGAUUUGUACAUGUUUUUAAUCCUUCAUUGAUAACGUUCUAGAGUUGUUAUUCUUUCUGAGGUUACUAACUAACAUCUUUUCGUACCCUGUCAUUUGCCUUUUGUAAAUCUACAAAACUAUCCAGAGGUUACUCUUUCUUACUGCAUAUUUAUUAAUAAUCCUCUGUUUUGAUAUCUAAACUUUCCUUUCUCAUUUGCUGUGGUGUAUUAAUCACCCGUCUAUUAGUUAUUCAUAGGAUUAUUUUAUUUAUUACCACUGCAUUAGCAGAACGUUAUCCAUGCUCUUUAUCCUUGUACAAUGUUGUUCAAGUGCCGUAUUCCCCAGUUGUGCUUCUCUUACCCAAUAAUCGUUUAGAAAACAUUGUAAUAUAUACUAUUUGGUCUCAUUUAUAUAUGCUAUGGACAUCAUUCCUAUGCUUCUGAGUCUUUCGUCUUAAAUGCUUUGAAGUAAUAUAUACACUGCUCAAGAUCAUGAUCAUUCUCGAAGUUAGAAUCUUCCGGACCCAGUAGAUUCAGUAAAAUGCCAUAAGGAUCUUGAAACAUUGAGGAUCAUAAUGCUUCCUUUUUGAAAUUUCAGUUUUGCUUCUAAGAUUUUUCUUUGCGCUAUAUUUUAUUAACUAGCGUCCGCAUGUCUUCUCUCGUAGGAUUUAUGCUUCCAUCUCAUCUGUCUUUGCGUUCAUCGGUCGACGUUUCGUUAUGUUCUUGAGACUAUUUUUUUCUGCCCUUUCAAAACCCACAUAUACCGUUCAUCCUCUGUUGGUUCAGCCUCUUUUCGCUACUUUUUCUGUACAAACCAUAAUUUUUUUUACGGAUCACUCGUUUAUUUUUGUUGAGGAGAGUUUAUUUUUGAACCCGGUUCCAAUCGAAGGUGAUCUAAUGAUCCUUUCGUUGUUCGAAAACUAUGUACCAGCUGAGUAUCGAGAAUCGUUUUUCCAGUGUCCUUCUUCAUUGUUUGUCUCCGUUUUUGUUUUAAAAAAUAUAUGUAGCAUACCCUACUUCUCAUAGAAUAUCAGUCUUUGUUUCAGUCACAGUCACAUAAAAAUGCUCUUGGUCCCGUUAAAAUCUUCUUCUUUAAGCCGCAUCAAACUAGGAGAUCAUAAAUUCCCCAACUAGCUGUUCUUCUAAUUUAUUUUUUUCAUCAGUUCCUUUGCAGUUUCCAUAUCUCGCGUCUCUUUUUUUGUUCUGGUCACGCAAAAAAUGCUCUGGGUCCCUUCAAAAUUAGCUUUUUUAGAGAACUUUGUUCUGAACCCGGUUCUUGCUCUGCCAGCUGAAAAUUAGCUUAUCUUUUUUUUCCUCUCUCUCUCUCUCUCUCUCUCUCUCUCUCGCUAGUCCAUUGACAGUUCUCAUAUUUCGCAGUGUGGAGAUCCCUGCCUGUCAGAAGUAUAUAACUGGCAAGGAAAACACAAACGUGAGAAGCACAGAAGAGUCACUUGAGAUCAUAGAACCCCCAAACGUGAUGGAUCUGAGUGAUCUCAACGUGAAGAUCCCUCCACUUGCCGCUUUCACCCGGUCUGGACACCUGCAGGAGCCAUCAUCUCACCCUUCAGGGGAUGCUGAUUGCCGCCGCCAAACUCUGGAUAUCACGAAUGGCCGGUUGUUUGUGAUCUUUCAACUAUACUUUGGAUUCUUUUAGACAGGUGGGCUUUAUAUUUCCUUCCUUUGCACAGCAUACUUGUCUGACCAACGCCUUUCUCUGUUCGUACCCUCUUUUGGGACUCACCAUCAGUCGCUGACCUUCCAUGAUUUACUUCUUUUGGAGCUCGCCCCUCGAGGAUGGCAUCUAAUCCGCCUCAUCCUUGUUCUUGUCGCAGAUUCCAACCAGCGGAUGAUUUCUGCAUCUGAUUCUGACGCCUCCCUUUUUCUCUUGAUGAUGCCGAGGUUGGCGGAAAACGUUGUCCGCUGUUUCAGAAAACGGUAUUCGUGCAGAGCAACGGCAACCUAUGCGGGUCGCCUGCCGGAGGCGGCACGCGGUGUCGUCUUCGCCGCCGGUCGCCGGAGAGGGGCGGCGCCGGUGGUGGGAUGGGCGAGGAUGGGUAAGUUUUACAAGUGAAACCCAGAACCCCCAACUUUGUCCAGGAAAUAGUAUUCCGGGAAAGCUGCAGGACUCGACGGGAACCUUUUCCCAGCCCUCGGCUUUAUCAACCGGAGAUCGGAAGGAUUCGAGCCCUUCAAAAGGGGCCCAUCAAGCAAGCUGCCGAAAUGCCGCGCUUUCCGGUACUAAAAACUGCUGUUCAGGCAGUGCAAAUACAGGACGAUGCAAGGUCACAUACUCUCUGACAGGAUGUCGGCCCUGAGGAGGCUGCAGCGCCAGAGUAGGGAAGACGAUGUACGGAGCUUGCCAUUUAAUAAACUCCCCGCGCCUGAGAGGAUGCGAUGAGCAACGGCUCUUCUGCUCUGAUCUCUGACGGGAACUGAUCCCAUCAUGAUUGAGGCCCUGAUCUCGAUCACACAACCCUUCUUCCAUCUAACAGGGUGGGUGUCCUCUGGCCCACUUCUUUAUGUAAUCGACUCUAGAUACAUGGAUUCAUCAGGAUUUCAACGUCGAUAACAGGAGUUACCCACCUCAUGAUCUCUCAUCUGUCUAAUUCUGUGGCAGAGAGUGAGUUGCAGCACUUCUUCGCCCACUCGAGCAAGAACAGGAAUGAGAACAGGAUCAUCAUCUGAUCACGUGAUAGACGACAAUCGAAUCCGGGCCAGAUCAGGAGUUACGGGCCUAUGUUUCCUGUGCGAAAAUGGAGACGGAUGAUCAAGGACGAAGUUCGAUGAUGACAAAAGAGUAGGGUUAAAAGGGAGCUCUGGAAAUCAUUUUAAAAAGUUGUCCAAACCAUUCACUACACCCGGGUGAUCACUGCCAUUAUGCUGCAUGGGAAGGUGAUUAACUCCAUGAUGCUCACACACUCACUUUGACUGAACCCAUUCAAGUCUAGAGGGUCUGGUGAUCUUCAGAUCAGAGAGUGAGUACAUUCAAGGUUUGAACGAAGGUGUCCAAUCCGGAAAGCGGAGACAUUCAAGGUUUGGAGAACCAGCGAGGACGGAGCGAGAAGGACGAAACUUCGAGGGCUGAGAUCGGAACGGAACUGAAGAACCCCGUUGGGAGGAAGACGAGAUUAAGAACGCUUGAGCUGGUUCAGCCACGGCCAGCCUAGCCUGGGAAUAGGUACAGCUAGGAGGAUGACCCAGAAGCUCGGGUGAACGCAAGCACUGCAGAUUUUACAAGCUUUGGAUAACAGAUCUCAAAGUGUUUUAACACCACCUUUCAAACCGGCAUUUCAUUGAUCUCUUCUUUUCAUUCCAAAUGAUCUCUGUAAAUAUCUGCCUAAAGGAGUUCGUCACUGGGUGAUCUCACUGAAGUUGCCACUCCGGAUUCAAGAUGGCGUACAGGAAAUGAGCUGGGUGUCGAAUCUCUAAACUUUAUACAGUAGAAUGUUCUGAUAAAAUAGGCUCAUCAUCGGAGGAUUCAGCGCCAUCUUUUCAGCGAAGAUAGGAGGAGGUACUCUAUAUAGUUUUACUUAGAAAUCCAACAGAUGUAGGAUCAUGCAAUGCAAUUCAUGGCUUUCAUCGCCCAAAAGUAUCAGAACCAAUACCGGGCUUAGAGACAUGGGUAUCUACAGACGCAAACGAAGGGAAAAAUCUGAGAGUGAGAUGUUGAAUCCACAACGUGUAGACAUAGCGUCGAUCUUGCCCCCACUACAAUCCUGCAAUCCACUGCCGCUGCAACUCUCAGCACUUGUUCAUUUCAUCCUCUACAAACAAAAAGAAAACGCUAAUGGAGACCCCGGCCAGAAUCCCGACGAAGUAAUUAAGCCCUUCUUUGUUAAUCCCCACCACGGCGUCCUCCCCGGACGCGGAAAUCAACAACAUGCCGGGGAGGGGGGGGGUUGGCGUGCUCUAAGGUCAAUCAAUCAUCACCAGUUGGAAAAAGCGUCAGCAUCCUCCUCCCUCCCCCUCCUGAAGCUGCCCCGGAAUCGGAGCCCUCUGCGUAUGAUGUCCCCCGAGGAGAAGGCGCGAUCGAGGCUCCCCCGGGAGCAACUAUCAUCUGGGGGACUCCAGGAGGCUGCGGCGGCCGCGAGAGGUAGCCGUGCUCGAAGCCUCCGCCGCGGGGAGAACCCAGGUGGCCCAUGUGCCUCUGAUGGUAGUACUGCUGCUGCUGGUGAGCGGCGGCGGCGGCGGCGGCGACGGCGGCCAUCUGCUGGUGGUGCUGCAGGGCCGAAACGGGCACAAAUGGCAUGAGCUGGUGGUCGGGGGCACAGACUCCUCCCCCAGGCACCAUCACGCCGGCGGGCGGAGCGCGGCUAAGGAAGUGGCGCGGCACGGGGGCGCUGGCGAAGAGGCGGUCCGUGGCAGCGUCGACGGCCGAGACGUGGCUGCCAGGCCCGGUGGCGCCGCCGGGGGAGGAGAGGCUCUGCAUCCGCUUGA